AUGACCCUCUUCCGAGCCUGCCUCGAUCUCCACGCCGGCCAAGUCAAACAAAUCGUCGGCGGUUCGUUAGACUUACGGGAACCGGACAAACUCAAGACUAACUUCGAAUCAUCUCAGCCGAUCAAAUAUUAUACCGACCUAUACAGACAGCAUGAUCUGACAGGCACCCAUCUCAUUAAGCUAGGCCCGGCAAACGACGAAGUCGCCCGGCGAGGACUAGACUCAUGGCGCGGCCAGAUCCAGGUCGGAGGAGGGAUCAACCUAGAGAACGCACAGGAUUGGCUCGAUGCUGGGGCCUCAAAGGUCAUCGUCACUUCUUACCUUUUCCCAGACCAGAAACUGGACACGAAUAGGCUCCGAAAGCUUACCGAACGUAUUGGCAAGAACCAACUAGUAAUUGAUCUGAGUUGUAAACGUGUACACUCGUCUUGGAUGGUAGCCAUGAACCAAUGGACGACUCUGACUGACACCGAAGUCAAUCAAGAGACCCUGGACGAGCUGAGCGAGUCGUGUUCAGAGUUCUUGGUCCAUGCGGCAGAUUACGAAGGCUUAUGUCAAGGCAUUGACACUGAACUAAUCCAGCGUCUUGCUGAGUGGUCAAGGAUCCCGGUUACUUAUGCCGGCGGCGCCAAGGCCGCCUCCGACCUUGACCUAGUAGACUCGCUCUCCAACGGAAAAGUUGAUCUGACUUUCGGCAGUUCCUUAGAUAUCUUUGGGGGCAAGUUGGUCAAGUUCGAUGACCUUGUCAAAUGGAAUCAUCUUCAAAAAACAAAGAUGGCAGCAACAACCUAA